AUGAUAGGUAUAAUAGUUAUGAUGAUAUAUAAAAAUUUACCUGAUUCAUUUAUUGAAACUAGUUUUUGUCAUAAUGUAAUACAUAUAUGGCUAACACCGUCUAAUGGACUUUUUUUAAAUAGAAUGGUAUUCGAAAGUUAUAAUAAUAUUCGUGAUAUACCGGAAAAAAUCUGUUUUGAUGAGAAUGAAGAAAAGAAGAUUUUAGAAUUCAGAGAAAAACUACUAGAUGGGAUUUUGACAGAAAAAUAGUUUGAUCAAGUGUAUUAAGAAUGGAUUUAAGAUGUGAGUAAUGAUAAAUAUUCAAUAGAAGAUGAUUGUGGGUCUAUACAUGGAGAUUAUUGA